AUGGCAUCUACUGUGUUACAGACCUUUGGAUUUGUCUUAGGGCUCAUUGGUGUAGCGGCACUCAUCGCCGGUACGGCCAUGAAUAACUGGAGCACCAAGGAUCGCCAGGGGGACGUGGUGACCUCCGUGUAUACCUAUAAGGGACUUUGGAUGAACUGUGAAGUGUCCACCGCGGGAUUCACGGAGUGCCGGCCACUCUAUGGCCUUUUGGGCUAUGCUGGAAGUUUCCAGGCUGUGAGAGCUUUGAUGAUUGUCGGAAUCAUUCUCGGAGUAAUCGCCGCGGGGAUCUCGCUCUUCUCACUAAAGUGUUUCAGAGUGGGUCGCACCGAUGACUCUGUCAAAGCCAAAAUGACUCUGGCAGCAGGAGUCAUGUUCCUUAUUGGAGGGGUUUGUGGCAUCGCCGGAGCAUCUAUAUAUGCCAGUCAGAUUGUAGCCAGUUUUAUGCUGAGCACAUACAAUCCCAACUAUGGUGAGAUGUCCGCCAUGGAAGGAAUGGGAGCGAAUGCAAUGGGUGGAAUGGGAAUGGGUGGGAUGGGGAGUCUGACGCCCAGGUACACGUUUGGACCAGCCCUCUUUGUGGUUUGGAUAGGUGGGGCUUUGCUGGUGAUAGGUGCAAUUUUGAAGUGCAUCGCCUUCAAGGCAAUGCAACCUAAGGGACCGUACAAGUCAGUCGCUUACAAAGCUCAAAGCCAGACUACAGCUGCCUAUGAGGACAGUGAGAGUGGAAAAAGGAAUAAGAAUUAUGUGUAA